AUCCUUUGAGUAUGAGUCUAUGCCACUCAUUUUUUUGACAUGCCUUCUAACCUCAACUGGAAACACACGUUUGUUACCAAACGUCCAAAAAUUGGUCGUUAAUUUUGAAGCAGCAAAAACUUGUUGAUACCAAAUAUUCUUAACUAGCGUUACUGCACAAGUGCGCAUGAAAGAAUCGAUUCCUCCAAAUUUCUGUACAGCAUAGAGAUAGAGAGAUAAAACUUUAAUUUAAUCAAUUUCAGAGCAACAAUUUGGGGAUUCCAUUUCCAGAAAUCGUGUUCAUCGCCCAAAAUUGGUAUGCGCAACUGACAAAUUCAGCGAAAGAAUCAUCAAAAUCACAAAAAUGGCAUCCGAUUCAAUCGCUGAAGAAAAUGGAGAAAAGAAAUUGAGCUUAAUUGCGAAAUGCGUAGCAACAGGGGUGGCAUUAGGGUUAUCAAUUUGGGGAAUUCAUGCUGCUGGAUUAUCGGAAACCCUAGAAAUGUGGGUUCGGAAGAAGAACAAGCCAAUUCGUGUUUAUAUGGAUGGGUGUUUCGAUAUGAUGCAUUACGGCCAUUGUAAUGCGCUUCGUCAAGCUCGUAAACUUGGUGAUCAAUUGGUUGUUGGUGUUGUUAGCGAUGCUGAAAUUACUGCUAAUAAGGGACCUCCUGUUACUCCUCUUCAUGAAAGGAUGAUCAUGGUCCAAGCUGUAAAAUGGGUGGAUGAGGUCAUUCCUGAUGCCCCUUAUGCAAUUACUGAGGAUUUUAUGAGGAAGCUUUUUGACGAAUAUGAUAUUGACUAUAUUAUUCAUGGGGAUGACCCCUGUCUUCUUCCUGAUGGAUCUGAUGCUUAUGCCCUAGCCAAAAGAGCUGGUCGAUUUAAGCAGAUCAAACGUACAGAAGGAGUGUCCAGCACAGACAUUGUUGGACGUAUGCUGCUAUGUGUCAGAGAAAGGUCUUCUAAUGAGAAAUCAAAUCAUUCUUCCCUCCAAAGACAGUUUAGCCAUGGCCAUAGCCAUAGCCAAAAGUUGGAUGCUGGUGCAUCAGACGGUGGGACUCGUAUCUCACACUUCCUUCCAACAUCUCGCAGAAUUGUCCAGUUCUCAAAUGGAAAGGGUCCCAAACCAGAUUCACGUAUUGUUUAUAUUGAUGGAGCUUUUGAUCUUUUCCAUGCAGGACAUGUGGAGAUACUACGACUUGCUCGGGAACUAGGAGAUUUUCUUCUUGUUGGAAUCCAUACUGACCAGACUGUCAGUGCUAAAAGAGGAAGUCAUCGACCAAUCAUGAAUCUUCAUGAAAGAAGUCUGAGUGUCUUGGCUUGUCGUUAUGUAGAUGAGGUCAUCAUUGGUGCUCCUUGGGAAGUCUCUAAAGAUACGAUUACAACUUUCAAUAUCUCGUUGGUGGUCCAUGGAACUGUAGCUGAGAGUGAUGACUUCCAGCAGGAAAACGACAACCCAUAUGAUGUCCCUAUAGGUAUGGGCAUCUUCAAAGUCAUAGAAAGUCCAUUGGACAUCACGACAACUACAAUUAUUAAACGAAUUGUUACAAAUCAUGAAGCUUAUCAGAAACGGAAUGAGAAGAAAGCAGUGAGUGAGCGGAAGUAUUACGAAGAUAAGACUUACGUAUCUGGUGAUUGAAUAGGGAAAGGCUGCCACUUCGGUUUCUUAUCAGCUUCGUUUUUGGACAUUUAGUAGUGUAGAUGCCCUUUCUAUAUACCAGGGGGGAGGGGCAGUACUGAGUCUGUCUUGCGGACGGAAUAAGGUGAUGGGUGUUGCAGUAUGAGGGGGCAAAGCAAUAUAAAGAGUGCAUGAAAGCUCUCGGAUUGCAUUUUGGAGGAUCUGCUGUUGUGAAGAAAACAAUUGGUGCUCCUUUAUGAUGGGCAAAAUCUAUUAGAUAUAUAGUCAUAUAGGUUUGAUAUUUUCAGUGUUCUUUAUUGUAAAAGCUAUAAUUAGUUUCAUUUAUCCUUAUAUUCGCAAUAUUAAAAUGUCAAUUUUGUGAUUGUCAUAUUUAUUUA